AUGCCUCCUCGUGUCACAUCUUUCCUCACUGGAGCCGACUGGGCUGCGAAAGGCCCACAAACUCCAGCCCAGCGGUUUUACGGCGCAUAUGCAUCUGCCAUCAAAGAAUCUGACCUAACCGCUCAUUCAAAACACCUAUUCUAUGCCCCACAUGCGGUCUUCCACAACCAGAACGGCGUUGACUACCAUGGCGCGGAGAUAUGGCCAUGGGUCAUCAAGUUAUUCGGCGAGUUCGCUCGCCUAGACCACGAUUUCCAUGCAAUCUGGGAACUCGAAAACGACGACGGCACCGUUCAUCUCAUUGCUCGGGUCACUCGACACAUCUGGGCUCCCGGUUCCGAUAUUCAUGGCUCGCCAACUGUUAGCCUUCCUUUGUCCAUGACCUGCGAAAUAGGGCCCAGCACUGCUCCUGAAGAGACCCCCGAGGGUCUACAGUACCAGCAUGUUUGGAUGUACUGGGACACUUACCCGCUUCAGCCUUAUUUCUCCAAAGAUUCCGUUGUAUUCAGCCCAGUGAAUACCGAGAGAGUCAAGAUGUAA